GCUUGGGGGGCUGCAGAGGGCUGGGAAGGCCAGCUUUCUGGCCUUGGGGACUGCCAUGCCCCUGUGAGUGUGUAUCUGUGUGUGGGCUGCGUACUUGUGGUAUUUCUGAGUGUGUCUGUUGUGUGCUUGUGUAUGAGCCAGCGUAGGGGCUGCUGUGUGUGUUGUGGAGGUAGCCUUGGCGGUGAUCGCCUUGUUUGCUUUCUCUUCAUUUGCUUCAGAUGUCACCUCCUCAGGUAGGGCUUCCCUGUCCUCCCUGUCUCAGCUGGCACUAACCUGUCGCUCUCAGCCCCCUCACCCUGCUUCGUCUUUUCUUCAUAACACUUCUUGCUGCCCACAAUGGUGUAUGUUCGUUGGUGUGCUUAUUAAACGCCUCCUCCACCAGUACUCAGCUGACGGGGUGACCCCUGUGCGCCAGAUGCUGCGCAAGAUGAGAUGUGUCUGUGGGCACGUUAGAGUGAUGUGUGAAUCUUUGUGCAGCAGGAGUGCUCACUGGGCAGUGUGAUGGCAAUAUGAGGCAAGGUCGUGUGUGCGCCACCCCGGCACAGUGCCUGGGAUGAGGCAUGCACUCAGGAUCUCAUGAGGGCCCAUCUGUGGCUCUGGGUGUGUGACUGUGGGCCUGUGUCGCAGUCUUGGGUGCCUUUGGGUAUAAGUCCUGGCUCGGAGUGUGCUGUCCUGUGUACGCCCGUGAGUGCAGUGUCCCCACGGUCCUUUGUCGACAUGUAUUUGUUGAGCAGUUCUGAGCUGGGUGUUGAAAAUACAACUGACAGAGGCAGCUUCAGGUCUGCCCUUCUGGGGCUUCUAGUUCAGUGGCAAAGAUGGCAAAGAUGGGCCUGUGACCAGGGACCGUACAGAGGGGUCAGGGCAGGGAUGGGGAGGCACGGGGCUUAUGGGAGUGUAGAAGACAUGUCUAAUUCAGCUGGUGUGGUAUCAGAGAGGGCUUCCUGGAGGAAGGGGUGUCUAGGCUGCGAUAUGGAGGAUUAGUGGAUGUGAGCAAGCGCAGGGGGUGAGGGGGAAUUGAGAUGGAAGGAACAGCAUCGGUAGGACAGCCUGUGUGUGUGCAAAUGCAUGAGUGUGUGUGUGCCAAGGAGCAGCGUUGGUAGGAUGGCCUGUGUGUGUGCAAAUGUAUGAGUGUGUGUGUGCCAAGGAGCAGCAUUGGUAGGAUGGCCUGUGUGUGUGCAAAUGCAUGAGUGUGUGUGUGUGCCCAUGCAAGGGAGACCCACAGACUGAGGCUGUCUGUUUGCUAUGCCGUCUGCUCGACCAUGGACUUGUCCCCAACUGGGAACAAGUAUUAGACCCUUUUCUUGGGUUUCUCUCAGAGCAGCCCAGCCUACAAGGAUGAGCCUAGGUUUUUCCAUGCUGGGCAUGAGUUGAUACUUUACGUGGCCUUGGGCACAUCCGUUACCCUUCUGUGGUCUCAAACUCCGUACCUGUGAACUGGGCAUGAGGGUCUGUGCUGGCCAUCUCCCAGGGUGAGGGGACUGUGUGACUGUGCACGUCUGGGUAUACCAGGGUACCUAUAUGCACGUCUGUGCCUGCGCAUGGCUCUGCAUGUUGAGUGUGUGCACAUCGGGUGGCUGUGCGUGACUCAGUGUGUGUGUAAGUGCAUGUAUGUAUACACGUCUGGGUGUGUAUUUUGCAUGACUGCCUGUGGUGUCAUGUCUGAGCGUGUGUCUUUACCUGCACACCUGUGUACAUUCCUGUCUGGGAUCUGCCCACACCUGUGUCCUAUGUGUGCUGGCUGGGGCUCUACCUGCCUGUGGCUAUGCCAUGAGUGCUGCGUGGCAGCUCUUGCCUGUUGUCAGCACAGCUGUAGGGCCACCUCUGUGUUGUGUCUACUGCCGGUCUCUCCAUCCCUCCCUCCUGACAGCUCAGAAGUGCUCACUCCCUUGGGGCCAGCCAGGGACAGCUGUGGGGUUGGUGGGUGUGAGGUACCGCUCCUGGGGAGGCCGGGGGCUGGGCCAGCUGGGCCCACAGAGGUUCCCGGCAGCACCAAACCUGCCCACAGGGGCUCCCAGGCCAUAGCCUUGAUUGAGACGGGCUGUGGAGGCAGGGGACCCAGGGGACAGACCAAGUGGGGCCAGGAGGGGUGCGGGGCAGUCCUUGGGCCCUCUAUAUUUAGCCCCGUUUUCGGUAAGUGCUAACGAGAAGCUGGCCUAAGUCUGCUAAAACUGGCUGGGGGAAAUGCAGAGGAGAAGUGAAAGUCCAGGCAGGGAGGGGUGGGGGAUGGAGGAGACCCAGAGUCCCUAUGUGGGGCUGUCGGGCCAGCCAGUGUGAGCUUGGGAUGGUGGGAUUCAAGGGACAGCGGGACUCCCAGGGGCCUGGCGAGGUGAUGGGCUGCUUUCCCUGCUGCCCCUUUAAAGAGCCCCACACUUUGCCUUGCGUGACAGUGGAUAACCAGCCAACUUCUCUGUGGGAGUGAGGGGGUACCAGGGCACUGGAGCCCAUUGGAAUCACCUGUAGGGGCCCAGGCGCAUCCUGUGCCGUAGAAAUCUGAGGGUGUGGGGGUCAGAAUGGCACCAGUGUUUCUGUAGCAUCAGAGGUGGCAGGCACCCAUGCCUGGGUCAGGGCUGAGCACAGCUUCUGCUGGCCCCUCUAAGUCCAUGGUAGCCAGUGCCUGCCAGGUCCCAGUUAUGGCGUCAUUUGGCCUUUAGUCCGUGGGAUUUGUCCUUGGUGGGAAUGGCUUGGCCGUUUCCCUGCAUUGGGCCCUUGGGCCCUGACAGGAGAACAGAGCCUAGGCAAGGCAGUGCUUAACCUAACCAUGGCCCCAGGCCCCAGGCAGGCAGUGCUGUGGCUCUGUGCAAACAAGGGAAAUAGAAUCAUGAAAAUGUUUCCCUUAAAAUUAUUUUUAAAAUUUUUUUCUAAAAUAAUUUUUUUAUUUAAUAGAGAGAGAGAGAGAGAGAGAGAGAGAGAGAGAGAGAGAUCUAUCUAUCUAUCUAUCUAUUGGUUCACUUCCCAAAUACCUGCAAAGCAAGGACUGAACUGGGGCUGGGCUAAGAGCUGGAACUCAACCCAAGGCUCCCAUGCACAUAGCAGGAACCCAAGUACUAGAGCCAUCACUGAUGCCUCCCAAAGCACACAUUAGCAGGAAGCUGGAAUCAGAAGCCAAAGACGGGAACCGGACCCAAGCUCUCCAAUGUGGGGUGCAGGUGUCUUGACCACUAGACUAAACCCCUCUCCCUCAAACUACUUAUCUCUCCUCUGGCCGUCCCCACAGAGGAAACUGUGCCUUGAAGAGUUGAGUGAGGGUUGCUUGGGGUGGGGGCUGAGUGCCGAAGGGUCAGGUGAUGGCAGAGAUCAACAGGAUUGGGUCCUGGUCAGCCCAAGGUUGCUUGCACGCAUUUAUUUAUCCAAAGACACAGACCUGCGCAGUGAAGGAGCCCGGAGUCGGGGUGGGGAGGAGUCCCUGGCCAGGGUGGUCAGGCUGCAAUGGAGCAGUCUAGAGGAGAGGGACACUGACCACCCAGGAAGUCAGGGAGGACUUCACGGAGGUGGUGGCCAAUGAGCUGCACCUGGAAGAGCAGCAGGAGUUUGCCAGUAGAGAGGAAAAGGGUGCCCCGGGGAGAAGAGCAGAGGUAAGGCCUGGACGAGGGAGGUCAGGGCCGGGGGCCGCUGUCCGCCACUGACCCACUCGACCUCUGCCGCGCUGUGCUGGGACCCCUGGAGGAGCCCCAGUCUGACGGGGUGCUGGGGCGGGGGGCCCAGGGGGAGACCUCCGACUGGGGGUCGGGGCCCGGGUAGCUUCAUGGAGCCUGUGCUGGAUCCGGAAGGGGAAGUCGGAGGCCGCCCGGUGGGCAGAGUGGGCCCCGGCGUUCCAGGCAGAGGGCCCGGCCCAAGGCCUGGCGAGAUGUCUGGUCAAUGGCAGGGAGAGAGCAGGGUGGCGCAGGGACAGGUGAGGACACUGCGCAGACACCGAGAGCCCGCUCCUCUGGGCUGCUGGGGACACAGCUGUGAGUCAGACCGGGCCUGGCCCCUGGUCUGGGUCGGAAAGAACCUGGGCGCAGGCGGCCGCAGCUCGGAGCUGGGACCACGGAGGCGGGGGCUGUGGGAGGCUGUGCUCCUUUGCUGGAGAAGCACCAGCAACUGGGGCUGAGACGACGGAAAUGUGUUUUCCCCAACUCUGGAGGCCGGAGUCUGACAAAGACGUCAGCAGGCCUGGGUUCUUUGAGGCCCCUCUCCUUGGCUGGCAGAUGCUGUCUUCUCCCUGUUCGUCUCACGGUCUUCCCUCCGUUCCUGUCCGGGUCCCUGCCUCCUCUUCUUCUUAGGACACCAGUCUGACUGGAUUCAGGCCCGCACUAGCGACCUCAUUUUACCUUCAUUCCCUCCUUCAAGAGCCUGUCUCUAAGCACAGUCACAUUCUGAGGUGCUAGCGGCUAGGAUUCAGUGUGUGAACUACGGGGACACGGCAGCCCACAGCAGAGGCCCAGGACAAGAGUCAACUCUGCUGGGGGAGAUAGGUCAGGGGCUGCCCGGCUCAGUGGACUUGAAGGGCAUUUGCCAACUCAGCAGGGAGCUGAGAACCUGCAAGCUCUGGACUCCCCGUCAAGCAGAAUGCCCUGGUAGAGGGAAGUGCCAGGAGCAAUUGAAGGGCAAAACUCCUGAGUGACAGGAGAUGCAGAGGGUGGUGACCACAUCCUGAGGCCAGGCUGAGGAGAUGGGGAGCCAGGUUUCGAGCCAGGGAGGUGGGUGGAGGAUGGAUUGCCCCGGCCAAUUUGGACACUGCUGGAGGGGCCCAGGAGGAGGCUGGGGCUGCUGCUUCAGGGAUGCUAGGAGGGGCGGGACUUAGGACCUGCUCAGGCUGAGUAGUUGCCUGGAAUAGGGCUAAGGACUGGGUGAGUAAGAGUGAAGAGCAGGCAGGAUUCCCGCUCUUACUGUGUCUUUCACUGACAUGACCAUUCAGUGCCUCCUCCCCAGUGCCUGGAAACACUCUCCUCCCCAUGUGCCCUGGCCACCUCUCCCCACCCCCACCAUCUCCACCCUAUACCUCAAUAGGACUAUGUGCUGCCCCCCACCACCACUUUAAGCUUUUGUUUUUUCUUUUGUGUUAAAAUGUGGCAUAUAUGUGAAUAGUGCUCACAUUUAAGUGUGCAGCAUGGUGAAGCCUCACGUGUAUGCACAGACCCUCAUAACCACCAAGCAGAUCCUUUCUGCUCCUGCAGGCUGCUUGCAGCCCCCUGAAGGCACCCACCGAUCUGGCCCUGGAUGUCAGCUUGCCUAACUCUGAACUUCAUGUGAGUGGCAUCGGAGCCAUCUUGGGCUUGGUGUCUUUGACUCAGCCCCCAUGUGUGCAGCUCAGCUGUGUGCACAAAGCAAGGUGCUUCUUUUUCACUGCUGUGGAGUGGAGUGGAACGUCUCUUGAUGGACAUAGGAUGCUUUGUCUGUCUGCUCCCCUGUUAAUGAGCCCUUGCAAGGCUUCCAGUUUGGGCCAUUAUGGAAAGGCCACAGGAGCAUCGUGCAGGACACUUGUUCUCUUGGACGUGCCCAAGAGUGGGCAUGGGUCAGAGAGGGCAUCGCCUCAGCUUUCCAGCAUAGCGUGGGUACCAACUUACACUCCCACCAGCAGCAGGUGACCUGGCUUUUGAAUUUAAUUCAAAUCUCCAGUUGUAGAAUUCCUAGACUUUUUAUUGUUGCUGUUCUUUCUGUUGCUGAGUUCUCCCCAUCUUUAAAUAUCUUGGGUUCAGAGUGCUCCGGAGAUGGGGUAGGGAUCAGGUGGAGUGAGUGGUAGGGUAGUGUUUAGGAUCAGAGUCAAGGUCAUAUAAGGAAGGUGUGAGGACACCAAGGUCAAAUGAAGGACUUGGACCAUCGAGGCCCAACCUGGGACUCUGGAAAUAAGAAUGUCUAAGCCCCUGGAGGCCGAGAAGCAAGGUCUGGACUCCCCACCAGAGCACACAGACACUGAAAGAAAUGGACCAGACACUAACCACCAGAACCCCCAGAAUAAGACCUCCCCAUUCUCCGUGUCCCCAACUGGCCCGAGCACCAAGGUGGGCAUUCUCUCUGGCCUCCACUUAACAUUCUGGGGUCCCGGACCCUGCCUCUCUCCCCCCCAGAUCAAGGCUGAAGACCCCAGUGGUGACUCAGCCCCAGCAGCACCCCCGCCCCCUCAACCGGCUCAGCCUCAUCUGCCCCAGGCCCAACUCAUGUUGACAGGCAGCCAGCUAGCUGGGCUCACGGCACUGAUGCCAGCUCAGCAGCAGCUGCUCCUACAGCAAGCCCAGGCCCAGCUCCUGGCCGCCGCCGUGCAGCAGUCCAAUGCCGCCGCUGCCGCUAACGCCGCUGCCGCCGCCGCCGCCUCCUCCACCUCCUCCUCCUCUGCUUCUUCCGCCUCCUCCUCGACCUCACAGCCCCCAGCUUCCUCUGGGGGAGGCGACCUGCCACCACCACAGCCUGCCAGCCAGCCCCCUGGGACCCCACAGCUCACCUUGUCCCAACCCAUCCAGCUCACAGCACAGGACAUACAGCAGCUCCUCCAGCUUCAGCAGCUGGUGCUUGUGCCCGGCCACCACCUCCAGCCACCUGCUCAGUUCCUGCUGCCGCAGGCCCAGCAGGGUCAGCCAGGCCUGCUACCGACGCCAAAUCUAUUCCAGCUACCUCAGCAAACCCAGGGAGCUCUUCUGACCUCCCAGCCCCGGGCCGGGCUACCCACACAGCCCCCCAAAUGCUUGGAGCCACCAUCCCACCCCGAGGAGCCAAGCGAUCUGGAGGAGCUGGAGCAGUUCGCCCGUACCUUCAAGCAACGCCGCAUCAAGCUGGGCUUCACGCAGGGUGAUGUGGGCCUGGCUAUGGGCAAGCUGUACGGCAACGACUUCAGCCAGACGACCAUAUCCCGCUUCGAGGCCCUCAACCUGAGCUUCAAGAACAUGUGCAAACUCAAGCCCCUGCUGGAGAAGUGGCUCAACGAUGCAGAGACUAUGUCUGUGGACUCAAGCCUGCCCAGCCCCAACCAGCUGAGCAGCCCCAGCCUGGGUUUCGAUGGGCUGCCCGGCCGGAGACGCAAGAAGAGGACCAGCAUCGAGACAAACGUCCGCUUCGCCUUAGAGAAGAGUUUUCUAGCGAACCAGAAGCCUACCUCAGAGGAGAUCCUGCUGAUCGCCGAGCAGCUGCACAUGGAGAAGGAAGUGAUCCGGGUCUGGUUCUGCAACCGGCGCCAGAAGGAGAAGCGCAUCAACCCCUGCAGCGCCGCCCCCAUGCUGCCCAGCCCGGGGAAGCCGGCCAGCUACAGCCCCCAUCUGGUCACACCCCAAGGGGGCGCAGGGACCAUGCCAUUGUCCCAAGCUUCCACGAGUCUGAGCACAACAGUUACUACCUUAUCCUCAGCUGUGGGGACGCUCCACCCCAGCCGGACAGCCGGAGGGAGUGGGGGCGGGGGCGGGGCUGCGCCCCCCCUCAAUUCCAUCCCCUCUGUCACUCCCCCACCCCCGGCCACCACCAACAGCACAAACCCCAGCCCUCAAGGCAGCCACUCGGCUAUCGGCUUGUCGGGCCUGAACCCCAGCACAGGAAGCACAAUGGUGGGGUUGAGCUCCGGGCUGAAUCCAGCCCUCAUGAGCAACAACCCUUUGGCCACUAUCCAAGCCCUGGCCUCUGGUGGAACCCUGCCCCUUACCAGCCUUGAUGGCAGCGGGAACCUGGUGCUGGGGGCGGCUGGUGCGGCCCCGGGGAGCCCUGGCCUGGUGACCUCGCCGCUCUUCUUGAACCACGCCGGGCUGCCCCUGCUCAGCGCCCCGCCUGGCGUGGGCCUGGUCUCGGCAGCUGCUGCAGCCGUGGCGGCCUCCAUCUCCAGCAAGUCUCCUGGCCUCUCCUCUUCUUCCUCUUCAUCUUCGUCCUCCUCCUCUACGUGCAGCGAGGCGGCAGCACAGACCCCUGGAGGCCCAGGGGGGCCCGAGGCAGGGUCUAAGUCGGAGUGAGGGCCCACUAUGCCUCCCCUCCCAUUCCUCUGACCACAUCUUGGUCCCCUGCCUAGGAAAAGGGCAAGGAGGCCAGCGUUGGGGGUACAGAGGUCCUUGGAGCAGGAGUGACCAGGGAGGAAAGACCAAAAAAAAAAAAAAAAAAAACAAACAAAAACAAAAACAAAAAAAACCCACAAACAAAAAACCAAAAAAAAAAAAAAAAAAAAAGGAAAAGAAAAAGAAAAAGGAAAGAAGAAACCAACCAACAAAUACGGAAACCAAAUAUAAUCAAAACAAAAACCAGCUGCCCAGGAACCAGAGGUGAAAACAAAAAACCAAAAACCCCACAAAAUCAAACCAAAAACCAGUCGCGAGCCAGACCUCAGUGCGCUCACUCUCACCGCUACGACGCCAAAUAAAACCCCAGCCAGGGCCGGAGAAGCCUCUAGCAGGUCGGACCUCACGCCCCGAGCCCUGGCUGUGGGGCAACCCCCACCCUCGCCUCCAUCAGUGGGGCUAGGGAAGGAAAGGAACGUGCCGGCCUCCGGGCUCGCCCCAGCCCUGGGCCAGCAAGGACAGGGCACAGCCUGGGGCAGGUGGGCCGGGCUGGGAACCACCGGCCAAACGCUCUUUUCCAAACGGUGAAAGAGAAAGGGCCUGAGCAACCUUACACCAAAUACUCAGUAGCUUCAUCCAAAGGAUGUACAGAAUUUUUAGCGUUGUGCUCAACAGAAUGUGUCCCUCCCGUGUGUCCCCCUCUCCCCUAGCCCCCAGCUCCCCCUCCCUGAGCAGGGCGUCUUGCUUUAACCUCCUGCCCCCGCCCAGCCAGGGGAGAGUUCAGGGGCAGGCCCAGGGGUGAUUUGUCACCCCAGCACCUCCCCGUGUUUCCCUCUGAAGCGGGGCCAGGCCGUUUUGCCAAUUUCUGGCUCCACAAGUCCCUCCUCAACCCUGUCACCCUUCUGCUCUGGAAUUUACUCCCUCCCCAGCCUACGGGAAGGUGGAAGUUUCAAGCAAGAGGGGGUGAGGGGAGGGCAUACAAGUUGUCUUUUUUUUCCAUCUUGUCUGUCAGUUUCCCUGAAAAAAUAAUUCAUAUUCCAGUGCCUAUCCGUGGGAUCCUUCCCGUUCUUUGACAUUAACCAGAAACCAAAAAGAGAACUCACCUCGAUCCUCCCACCCCAUGCCCUCUGAUCCUGGCAAUGCCCCUCCCUCCCCCACACAUGCACACACGCACACACCCCGGUGGUGGGGUUCCUCGAGAUGGCGUCCCCAUCAGGGUCCAUGUGGUGGGGACAGCGCCAUGACCUGUGGUCCCCAUCCGAGAGGGCGCUGUGAUGGCCACCACUCCAGGACCUACACGAGUCUUGGCUGGACCCUGUGCUUGCCCAGCCCUAGACAUGCUCAACAAGGGACAGAGGACAGACGCCACUGGGAGCCACCUUGCCCUCCUGCUAUUGUGGAGGUCAGCAAAGUUUUGAACCAAAAAACAAAAACAAACAGAAAACCAAACAAACAAUAAAUUAAAACUAGAAAAAAAGAAUUUAUAGAUAUAUAUAGAUAUAUAUAUAUAAGGGAAAGAAGACGAGGACUCUUCGAGAACAGGAAGGAGCCGCGAGGUGGAGCCGAGCCCCUGCGCAGUGGUCCAGGCCCUUGGUCCCCGAGGCGGACGGAAGGACGGACGCUUCUUUCUCUUCACAAAUACCUCAUGGACGUCGUCUUCUGGAAAGCCGGAGGGGGGCGGCUGGGGCAGGGCCUGGCCCUCAGCCAGGGUGGAUGGAAGCGGGUGGGCGGGGCUGAGAGAGGGUGUCAGGGACAGGGGUGAAGAGCCCCAAACUCCCCGCCCCCCCAAUCAACUGAAAAAGCUUUAAAAAAAAAAAAAAGACAGGAAACAAGGAGUGAGAAAGCAAAGAAUGGACGAAGGCAAACUAACAACUCGGUGGUUUGAGUCCCCCUUUGACUUCUGUUUCUGUUCUGUCUCUGCUCUCCUCUCCCUCUCCCUCGGCCCUUCUCUCACCCCUUGCUCUCCUUCUUUCUGUGUCUCUCCUCAAACCAAAGUGUUGCUGUGAAGGACGCGAGCCAUUGAAAUCCGAGCAGCCCGGCCCAGGCUGGGCAGCGCAGAGGGAGGGGAGAGCCUGGCCUUGGCCGGACACUCGGAGGAAAGGCAGGCGGAGCCCCAGGCCUCAGCGUUCUCUUUUCUCGCAUCUCCUCUCCCACCUGGAAAUUAAACUGCUGGGCUGGGCCGCGGAGGCAGCAGAAACCCAGCCAUCGUCCCAGGGGCUUUGGAUGCCUACUCUGGGCAGCGUGGAGUAGCCGCCCCGCCCACUCCUGGCGCUGAUGGGGCCUGGUGCGUACCGACCCGGCCUCGCUGGAGUGUAAGCAUCUCCGCUGAACCGGCUCCCGGCCCUCCCCUACCUCUGGGUUUGUCCGUCUUUAUUCCUGAAGAGAAGGGACCGCGAGAAGGCCUGGGCCCCAGCCCAGGGGUGGAGAAGGGGCCAAGGGCUCCCAACCAGACAGGAAGGACACUUGAGCAGAGCAGAAUGAAAGGAAUUAAAACCAAAAACUCCCUCCGAGAAGACAGGCAGCGUGGAAGGCGUGGUGGAGAGGACUCAAAUGAAAACCAUGAUUCUAGACCAAAAACAAACAAACAAACAAAGGAAAGCAAAUGCAGGACUCCCCACUGCCCACUUCAUCCUACCUCCUCCCCACCAGGUGUGCGGGAGUGGGGCAAAGAAGAGAGGAGGAAGCAGGGGGCAGGGAUGGGGCAGAGACCCUGAUGUUGGUGGAGGGACCCCGUGCAGCUGGGGGUGGUGGGGGCCCUCCCCAUCCAACCCCAACAACUGGGAAGAGAAAAACGAGAAAAAAGAAAAUUCCUGGGAGGGAAGAGUAACCAAAUCCCAAGCUUUAACUACAGCUGUGAAACCAAAUAUUGGGAAGGGGGUGGGAGGGGGGGGGGGCAGCUGAGCCCCAGGUCUCCCCCCUGGGCCCCCCUCCCCCGAGGACUCGCGAUAAGGCACCAAAUACCUCAUAGAACUUUAAUGUUAAAAAAAGGAAACCAAAUAUCGUUGGCUGGGGGCCAGCCAGGGCAAGGGGUUGCGGGGCUGGAGGGAGCCAGGGUUGGGAAGGUGAUGGGGGAACUCAUGCCCCCCACCCCCAUCUGCCCCUUCCACUCCAGUCCCUCCCAUCUCGACUCCGGGAAACAAAACUAUCUCAUCGUUUUUAUUUUGUGGUCUGUACAGAGCCUGCGUCCGUGUGUCUGUGUGUGAGAGAGAGUUGGAGGGCUGGGAGCUCUAUGUGGGGGUGGGGAGGGAGAGCCCUGGCCAGGCUCUGGGCUAGGUUAGAUGUGAGCGGAGGGGUCAGGAGCCUGGGCUAGAGAGGAGAGCUGAGUGGGCUGGAGCAAGGAGGCGCCCUCUGCGUUUUCUCCUCUCCCCAACCCCGACCUCGCACCUGAGUGGGGGACAGAGACUGGGGUCUGCCCUAAUGGUGGGCCUUCUAAUUGUGCCAAAAAAAAAAAGAAAAAAGAAAAUGAUGCCAGUAACUAAACCACCUUUCUCUGUUCUCUUCUGGGGGGUGGAGUGAGGACUAGAAGUGGGAAGAGGGGCUGGGGGUUGUAGGAGUGAGGAGGGAUGGGGAAGUCCAGCCCCUGUGGGAGUUGGGCUGAGGUCAGGAGGGGAGACAGGCUUUCCACACCCCCCCGAGGAAACCAGGAGAGAUGGGGUAAGGGACUAGUCAGGUGGGGCUGCCUCCUGGCCUGACUAGUUUUUCUCACCCUCCCAAAUCCCAGGUGCCUCUCUCUUCCUCUAGCCCAGGGUAGGGAGAACUGAGUGAGAGAGAGAGUGAGAUAGACUGAGGAAGAUUGAGACACGCGGGCCCCCACUGGUCUCUGAGUGGGAAAGGCAAGUGCGAGAGAUAAAGGCCUCCAAGAGAAAAAAGAAACAAACCAAAGAUUUAACCAUUAAAAAAAAAAACCCACAGACAACUCCGCUACCUUUUUAUACGUUGGAAAAAAAAAGUGAAAAAAAUUUUAAAAUAAAAAUUAAAAAAAAAAAAAACACAAAAACUCCAAGCCGCAGUUCCUUCUUGCGGUUUGAACUUU